GAUCUCGCCUCUAUAUAAAAACGCCUUAAAUAAUUUAUUUUAAUUGACUUAUUCAUUUACAUUUCACAGGCCGUAUUUCAGUGAGAUCGACUGAAGUUUUCGAAAACAUUAUGGCGUACUUCAUUACGAUACUGGCUGUUAUCACAACCUUGGGAAUAUCGACCUCUGAGGCAGUUAAUGCCGUGAAAGUGGCUGCAUUUAAUGUUCAGGUCUUUGGACAGACAAAGAUUUCAAAAAAUAAUGUUCGUGAUAUUCUUGUCAAGGUUUGUAUGCCAAAUUCUACAUGUUCAUUCUGAUGAUUGUCGUUUUCCACCUUUAGCCGUAUCGUACAGCAGCAUUUUCUUGUGACCUCGCGGUUUUACUUCGCGUAAACAGUCAAUUUAUUCGUAAUAAGCUCAGAGGUAUAAAAGCUAGUUCAGAAUAAUCUGUUGCUUAAUGAAAUUUACUAUUUAUACGAGUUGUUCGUCACUCAUUUAGGCUGCAGCUUAUUUAAGCCGAGAAGUAUGAUAACUAUUUCCAGCUAGAUUGUAGGCGACUCAAAUCAUUGCACUUUUACAUGCCUCAAAUGUCUUAACUCAAGCGUCGAAUAUUUUCAAUGACUUCGAGUUAAGCCCCUCUUUUUCCACGGGGCUUAACUCGAACUUUCCAAGUUGUGUUUCUUUCUUCGAGUUAAGCCCUUUCCGAAAAUGGCUGUGGUUUGGGCGUGGUCGGGGCUUAACUCGAAAAGGGCUUAGGCUUAGCUCGAAGGGCUUAACUCGAAGAUUACUACCUCGUUUAAAUUAAAAUGUCUUUUAUUUACGUUUGCUAUAUUUAGCAGUUCUCGUGACAUAAAACUAACGUUUUCACUUAGUCUUAGAUUAUUUAUUAGGGGAAGUUGCGUAAUUUUUAAAACUGAUGUAAUGUGUAGUUUUAUACGCUUUUUUAGUCUGCAUUUUAUACCAAGUCUGCAAUUUCAUCCGCAUUUUAUUCUGCAUUUUGUCUUGGUCUGCAGAUUAUAGCUACUGACCGUUCAUAGCAUAGAAGUUUAUAGUUUGCGUGAGGCUCUUCUCUCCUCAGAAAGCAAGGUACAGUAGUUGAUGGGACACCUGCAACUUUGAAACCCCCCCCAAAGCCCCUGUUCAGAUAGCUUGUGUACAGCCGUAAAUUAUCCUGUAAUUAACGACGUUAAUUACGGGAGAAUUUACGGCUGUACACAGGCUACUGUAGAUGAGUUAUGUAAAUUUUCAUUCAUGACGGAAUGAGGUCGGAAGGGUUGAGUUAAGCCAAUGGAAAACUUAGGCCAAGAAGGCAAGCAGUGAUAGAGCUAUAGGUGCUGUGAUUGUAAGUUCCGAACACAAACUCAUUUUCUCUACCACACUCUAUAAAAACAAUUUCCCCACCUGUUCCGUUAGGUACAUUGGGGAAUAAAGAUCCCGUGGCGACGAAGGGAGUUCUAGUUGUCUACUCGGCACAAUAUCAAUGAUCUUAUAUUGGCUUAAUGUUUAACCAUCGUAAUUAUAUUCCUCAACUUCACGCAGAUGGUAAAUCGUUAUGAUAUAUUGAUUCAAUAUUGUUAGACAUGAUUAUUUGUUGACGUUGCAGAUAAUCAAUCGUUAUGACAUCAUAUUGAUCCAAGAGAUACGAGAUUCUGGAAAAGACGCAAUAAAGAUACUUUUGGAAAAUGUAAACAAGUAAGUCAAGAACA